CAGUUUUUAAGAAAUAAUUUGCUUAAGCUUCUGAAAUUCGAAUCCAAAAUGGUCCUUGCAGCUGUUGGACAGCUCUGCGCGACAGCGAGUAUAGCCUCCAACCUAGCUCAAUGCCAGACAUUGAUUCGCAAAGCUGCAGCGGCAGGUGCCAAGGUUCUUUUCUUACCUGAGGCAUCAGACUAUAUUGCGUCUUCUGCAGAGGAGUCCUUUGCCCUUGCCCAGUCACCAGAAUGUGGAAAUUUCAUUUCAGUUCUACAGCAAGAAGCGAAAGGGGAGAGUAUGCAUAUAAAUGUUGGCAUACAUGAGAUGGCUUCUCAGCAUAGGCUCAAGAACUCCCUGGUCUGGAUUGAUGAUAAGGGCACCAUCACCCAGAAUUACCAGAAAGUCCAUCUAUUCGACGUUGAAAUCAAGGAUGGCCCUAAACUGCAAGAGAGCAAGAAUGUCGAGCCCGGACAGAUUAUCUUGCCACCAUUUGACACCCCCGUGGGACGUGUCGGUUUAGCCAUCUGCUUUGAUCUACGAUUCCCAGAAAUAAGCCUGGCAUUGCGACGUCAAAACGCUGAGGUCAUUACCUAUCCGUCCGCAUUCACAGUUCCAACCGGUAGGGCCCACUGGGAAUCUCUACUUAGGGCUAGAGCUAUCGAGACCCAGUCUUACGUGAUAGCCGCUGCGCAAGGAGGCCCGCAUAAUGAAAAAAGACGCAGCUAUGGCCAUUCUAUGAUUGUCAACCCUUGGGGCGAGGUGGUUGUAGAACUGGGGGACGAGUCAGAACCACAGAUUGUGACUGCCGACAUUGAUCUCGACCUUGUUGCGAAGAUUCGGAGGGAGAUGCCUCUACUUAGGAGGACUGAUAUCUACCCAGUGGUCUAGAUUGAAAGCGAUAAUACCAUAAAGAUGGGG